AUGGUCAAGAAGGACAAAAAGCUCUGGAAGUACAAGAAGUAUUCUGAUAGAACGAAGGAUACCCUUCUUGCUAGUUCAGAUCAUCCGAAGGUCUUAUUCUGUGUAGAUGGCUACAUGCCUCAAUCCGUCAGAGGCUAUCAAAUCACACCCCUCAAUCACGGCGAAGAAUCCAUUGCUUUCUUUCUCGAGCAACUUUAUGAUCCCGAGCCGGAGUCACCUAAGACCUGGGUGGUAGCCAAACACGCCUUGAACUUGUGUAGAGAAUAUAGAAGUGGUAUUAUCGAAGAGCUAAUUAGAGGGCAAUUGGACUCGGUGGUCGAUCAGGCACCAUGGGAGAUAUUCUGCUUGGCGAGUCGACACGAUGACAUGCGAUUAGCGAAGAAGGCUUUGAGGGCCAUGGAUAAUGACCAACAAUUCAGAACCAUAUCACUGGACAAUCUUAGAUUGGAAGAAGCGGCCAAGCCAUCGUUGUCGUAUCUAUUGGGUUUACUGAAGGUUAUGGAUCCCUCUAAUCAUGAUUGGCCUCGGAUAGCUCAAGAUUUUUGGCCCCUCUUGUGA